AAUUUUUAACCCGUGGUAAAAGAGCGUGGUCUGUGUCACUGGUAAAAGUCUGGCUAUGGCGUCGGGGAAGAGUAGUGUAAUCCCGAUCACAAACGCUCGAGCCUCACUAACUUUAGGGUUUUCGAAAAUAUUUCGGGGAUGAGAUCGGGUCUGCCAGUUCGAGCGCUCCGGCUCGAGAUCUGGCCCGGCGCUGCGCAGAUCGGCAGCGAUUCUCAGCCGCCUCGGCGUCGCGAUGCGAGUGCCGUGUCGAUGCGGAGGAGGAGGAAGGUACAGUGAAGCGCUGAUUCCUAGGGAGCUAGAAAUCCAGGCAGUGGCGCCAUCGAUUGGGCUGCAUUGAGUAGAUUUCGCGAGAAGAGGAAGAAAUAUUUCGAUCGAACGCUAGCGAGCAGUAUGACAUGUCGAGAGACUGGGAUGAAUCACGCUGGAUGUGUGGCCCAGCCGUGGGACCAAGGAUGUUCCUCAAGGCGGCUUCGACCGUGGGAGGAGGGCACAACACCAGCAACAGUAGCGGCAUCGCUCAGCCUCAGCCAGCAGCACAAGCUCCAUCUUUCAUCGAGUCCGCAAAGACCUCGAAGCGCUUGAAGCCGGAGAAAUGGAGAGCUGCCUUUGACAAGGAAGGAAGAGCUGUGGGCUUUCACAAGAUUUUGAAAGCCAUCGUCUCGGGGGGCCUUUGUUUAUGGUGUCAGGGUGUUGAUCACUCGAUCAGAGCGGAGGUAUGGGAGUUUUUGCUUGGCUGCUACUCGCUCGGCACGACUGCCGAGUAUCGGCAACAGCUUCGUCACGCACGAAGGAUUCGUUAUCAAGAGCUCAUCGAGCAAUGCCAUCUGAUGCAUGGAAGUAUUGGAUCAGGCACACUGGCGUAUACGGUCGGCACUAAAAUUAUGGACGUCCGAGUGACGUCCAAAAGCACCACUCGAGAAGAACACACCACUUUAAAUGAGGUGGCAACGUCUUUCAAAGAGAAGAUUGCUUCCUGGUCGGAGGAGCGCUUCCAGGCUGCACAGGAUCUUGAAAAUUUUGAGGACUCGAGAGAGAGCUUUGAGGAAGGAGAUCUCCUCAUACAGGAGGACUUGGCGCCGAAGAAGUCAUCCGAAGCUGGCAGUCCGAGCGAUGAAGGAACAGACUCGGGACCGAGUGAAGGAGAAGUCGAUAACUCAUUUUCUAACGACGACGGCAGCCAACUGCCUGAUUACCUGCGUUUGCCCGUGAGAACAUUGUUUCCAACAUAUGUGAUGGAUAGUACUACCAGUUCAACGAAGGACAGGACUUCAGGCGCGACUGACAAAGCCGAAAACAAAGACUUACAACUACAUACUCUAAACGAUGACGAUGAUAACUCAAUUGUGACUAUAUUGAACGAGAACGAGACCCCGGAAAGUGCGAACGAGCAGCCAGAAGUUACAAAUGAGGUGAAAAGAGAAGAAGGUGAUACAACGAGAUCUCCAGAAAAACAGGAAGACUUAAAGGUGCCGAGCGGAGGGGGGGCGUUCAGGGACGAGAAAGUAGCCGAUUGGCUUUGGACAUUGCAUAGAAUAGUUGUGGAUGUGGUCAGGACUGACAGACACCUCAAGUUCUAUGAAGACUCCAAAAACAUGGCACGGAUGUCGGAUAUCUUAGCAGUCUAUGCAUGGGUUGAUCCUGCAACGGGCUAUUGCCAAGGCAUGAGUGAUUUGCUGUCGCCAUUUAUUCUGAUUUACGAAGAUGAUGCUGAUGCGUUUUGGUGUUUUGAGAGCCUCCUCAGGCGGGUGCGUCAGAACUUUCAGAUGGAUGGUCCGAUUGGUGUCAUGCGCCAGUUGCAAGCUCUGACCACAAUUUUGGAGCUCACAGACGUCUACGUUUUCAAGCACUUUGUCCACAUCGGUGCCGAUAGCUUCCUUUUCGCCUUUCGAAUGCUGCUGGUCCUCUUCCGUCGUGAGCUCUCAUUUGGCGAAGCUCUGUGCAUGUGGGAGAUGAUGUGGGCUGCGGACUUCGAUAAUGGAAUUUCCUGGGCACUGGAAUACCAUUGCCCGGAGCUCCUUAUCGUGAAAGAUCCAACACCAGCGGAUGAAACGCUACCGGAAGACGAUAGCAAAGCAAUGUCACCGCUUUACACUUUCCAGGACCAGUCACUAGACACCUCGCCGCUGGAGGACAACGAUCGCGUUGGAUAUCUAUCCAGAAGCCCGCUCUGUGGAUUGAGAGCUGGAAACUUCUGGCCUCGUCACUCCCGACACAAGAUACGGACCGUGAGUUCUCUGCUUGGCAAGACAGGCGACGAUGAACUCUCCGUCUUCGUUGUGGCCGCCAUCCUCGUGCUCAACCGGACCAGGUUUAUGAAAGACGUGCAUUCCAUGGACGACGCUAUUAAGGCCUUCAACGAGAUCCAGAUGAAGAUCAAAGUGCGGAGUUGUAUCAGAACGGCUAUCAAGCUGAGGAGGAAGUACCAAAGACAACUAGUCCGGCGUGCUGCUUUGGAGAACAAGGCCAGCGCUAUACAACGCCAGAAGCAGCGCCAUGGCGGUGCUUAGCGUCUCCCACACAAGAAAAAUCAAAGAAAAAGAGGAUUUUUUUUCCAUUUUGCAAAGGAAAUCGAGGCUCGUUACGUUCUCACAUUUGGAACUGAGGGUGUAACGAGGCUAUUGUAUUUCUGCUAAUUGUAAUUUAUUAAGGAAAGCACACUCAUUUGAAAUAAGCAAGUUUAAACUAAGCAUGA